AUGGCUCAAAAUAUGAAAUUGAAAUAUGACAAGUAUUGGGGAUCACUUGAUAGUGUGAACCAAUUCUUGUUGAUAGCUGUUGUUCUUGAUCCUAGGUUGUACAAGGCAAGUUUCGUUAGUAUUCAAACUCAAAGUUUUAGUAUUUCUACUACAUCUUCAAGUAUUGGCAGCAGCUUAGUGACUGAUAGUUCUAGCUCCUUAAGCUUUGGAGGUGAUAGGAAAAAGGCUAUGAAGGAAAAGUGGAAAAAGAGACAAGAAGAUAAAGAGGCAGUGGUUCUAUCUCAUGAGAUAGAUAGAUAUUUGUCAUAUGAUGCAGAACAAGAUAUUGAACAUUUUGAUAUUUUAAAUUGGUGGAGGGUGAAUGCUUGUAAAUAUCCAGUUUUAGCAACCAUUGCAAGAGAUGUGCUUGCAAUUCCAGUCUCUACAGUUGCCUGA